AGACAGGAUGGGGCUGCUCAGAUCACUCUGAGGUCUGAGGAGUGACUCGCUCGAUCUCUCCGCCAAGACUGUGAUCAUGACACCCAUGAUGCAUCUGUUGUUGCUCCCGCUCCUGCUCAGCAUUGCUGGUGGGAAGGAUCUGGAGGAGAAGAAGGGCCCGUUUCAGAACACGGAGCUGGAUGUGCCAGAGGGGACGCCGGUGCCAUAUCCCAUGUAUCAGUUUCAGGUGACCCAUGCAGGUGUUAAUAAUUUCAGGCUGAAUGGAGAAGGUAAGGACGACAUUAGGAUUUCCAAGGAUGGGUGGCUGUUCCUGGAGAAGCCUCUGGACUGGUCACGAGAGGACCAUUACAUACUCGCGGUGGAGGCACUGGCAGAUGAUGAAGUUGUGGAUGGUCCAGUUUAUGUGACAAUAAAUGUGUUGGACGUCAACAACAACGCUCCGUACUUCAACCAGAGUGACUACACAGCACUGGUCAGAGAAAACAAUCCAGCAGGUGUCCCAUUUACCCGCGUGUUUGCACUGGAUCGGGACGACCCGCAGACUCCCAACGCUCAACUGAGCUACAGUCUGGUCAGCCAGAUCCCCAACAAACAAAACAUCCUCCUGUUCCAGAUCGACCCAAACACAGGAGAGAUCUCCACCACAGAAGCAGGGGAAAAGAUGCUUAAGGCAAGAGAAGGCAUCCAUUAUGGCAGGGGAGAAGAUCAGAGUAUUGACGCUCUGAAGACAAAGUUCAACGACUACUGUCCAGUGCAGAAUGUCCCCUAUGAAGACAACCCCUUCUUCACCUGUGUGGAGAGAGCAGAAUUGAGGAGGAGGAAUGUGGACCCCCUGGAGGACCCAGACUACACCCUGUCUGUGCGUGUGCAGGAUCUGGGCGGAGCGUUGGACACAGCGCUGAGUGGAAACGCCAGAGUGCGAAUUGUCGUGCAGCAAAACCUGUGGGUCAAUCCUGGACCUAUUACUAUCAGAGAGCAUUUAAAGGAAACUUACCCUAUGGAUAUCGCAAAGGUCCAGUCUAAUGAUCCCAGCGCCAUCUACAUGUUAGUGCAGAAAGAGCGAGAGCUGAAAUUCCCCUUCCAGAUCACAGAAGAUGGAAGAAUACUUCUGACAGAGGAGCUGGACAGAGAGGACAAAGACAUGUACAUCCUGGUGGUGUUCGCAGUGGAUAACGACGACAAACAGGUGGAUCCACCCAUGGAGAUUCAAGUCUUGGUGGAGGAUGUUAAUGACAACACUCCAGUGUGUGCAAAAGAGGAAAGUGUGUUUGAGGUGCAGGAGGACGAACCUGUAGGCAGCCUGAUUGGACAGCUGUUGGCCCAUGAUGACGAUCAAGAAGGGACACUGAACUCUCAGCUGACUUUCACCAUCCUGUCCCAGAAUCCACCCACCGAACCCACUGCCUUCGCCAUCGACGGUGAUUCGGGAAGAAUCCAGGCACUGCGCUCGCUGCAGCGGAAAGACCACCAGGUGUAUAACCUCAACGUCAGAGUCAACGACCCAGUUUUCAGCACAGAAUGCAAGGUUGUCGUCAAGGUGAUCGAUGUCAACAACGAGAUGCCGCUGUUUGAGAAGAAUGAUUACGGCAGUCACACUCUGGCAGAGGACACUGCUGUGGGACACACAGUGCUCACCAUAAGAGCAACAGACGCUGAUGACCCAGACAGCGGCAGCUCCCUUAUCGAGUUCCACAUCACUGCUGGCGAUGAUGAUGAAGUUUUUGCUGUGGAAACGGACGGCAAAGGCGUCGGCUAUCUGGUCGUAGCUAAGCCUCUGGACUUUGAGUCCUCUCCCACCUUCAAGCUCCAGAUUGAUGCUCGUAACCCGGAGCCACUGAUGAAGGGUCUGGAGUACGGCAGCGAAUCCACAGCCUUCGUCUCCUUGUCUCUCACUGACGUGGACGAGGUUCCGGAAUUCAGUCUGGACAUCCAUGAUGUGACUGUGCCUGAAAACACCACCAAGGGAUCAGUGCUGCUCACUGUGGAGGCGAAGGAUCCAGAAGGCAAAGAGAUCAGAUUUAAGUUGGAAGGUGACACCCGGGGCUGGCUGGAGAUCAAUGAGGCCACAGGAGAGAUCAAGACCAAAGACAAGCUGGACAGAGAAACCGUGGAGACUUUCAAAGUCACUGUAACUGCAUUUGAGAAGGAGCACCCAGAAAUGUCUGCAGAACGUGUCGUAACCGUGUGGCUGCUGGAUGUCAACGACAACAUCCCCAAACUGAUGGAGACCCAGGCCUUCAUCUGUGUGAAGAAACCCGAACCCGUCAUCAUCAAGGCCCAAGACACAGACAGCGCCCCCUUCUCCCAGCCCUUCACCUUCGCUUUCGCCCACGGCAAGAAAUCUCCCAACUGGGACCUGAAGAGUAUCGACGGUACAUCAGCUAGACUGACCCUGAAGAAAAUACCGAGUGAAGAUAAAACUGUCAUUCUCAACAUUAACAUUAAAGACAAUGCAGGCAUGGGAGUCACGCAGGCGUUUGAGGUGAGAGUAUGUAACUGCACAGAGCUGGGCUACUGCUACAUCACACCAGAGAACCGUGACCUCAGCUUAGGGAUGGGACCCACCAUCGGGAUCCUGGCUGGCGUCCUGGGAUUCUGCGUUCUUGUCUUCGUCGUAGUGAUCAAACGUGUCAAUAAAGGGGGCAAGAGGGCAACUGAAGAGGAAGAGAGGAACGCCAUGAUGUAGAGACAUCACACACACACACGCAUAUUUGUACUUUUAUACUUGUAAGGACCUUAGCCAUCACAUCUACAGGCCUAACCUGAACCUUAUUCGAACCUCAGCCCUCAAACCAAGUUGUGCCCCUCAUUCUGUGCUGACGGCUCAUUUACAAACUUUUACUAGCAUUUUCCUUGCCACAUAAACAAAUGAAAUAAAAUUAAUUAAUGACUAAAUCUUCACCAGCGCAACAGCAGAAAUGAGGACUUGGUUUUCCAUCAGUGUCUUCUCCCUCCAGGUCUAAAAGUCACAUUAAUCCUCACAAAGACAGACACGCAUUUACAUGAGGUUAUGUUUAUUUACAAGUGAGAGCUGAUUAAUAGGUGGUCAGGUGGCUCCAUGCUAAUCAUGCAUUUAUAAAGCUUGUUAACGUAUUUUAUUUGAAUUUCGCUCCCAGACUCAGGUUGUUUCAUUAGCAGUUUAAUCAUCUCACAUAAUUCAAUUAGUUUCUGACCCGGAGCUUUUGUGUUGAAUGUGACAGAUAACUGUUGAGUGUUGUGUCAAAGCUGGAAACAUCUUAAACCCAGAAUGUCACUGUGUGUAAUGAACUAUCAAUUCUGUGUUUUGUAAUGACCAGUCACUGCUGUGUUUCCCAAUAAACAAAGAAACUGGGAUCCAU